AUGGCUGGGCUUCGGAAUGAGGUAGCUGCACAGGAAGGCCGCAUUGUGGUGCUGGAGCGCUUGGCUGAGGCCCAGGCUGCGAGUGUCACUUCAUUUGAUAUGGCGGUGGCACGGCAAGGGGAAGUGUUGCUGGCCAUGAGACGACACCUAGAAGACUGUAGGUGUAAUAUUCGGGUCCGAGGGGUGCUUGAAGGAGAUGGAGAGGAAAAUGUGGAGGAGGUGCUCGCAGGUCUGUUUCGG